UAGUAUAUAAAAGCUCCUCUGUUUCUAUCGUCUCUUAAUCUCUGUCAGAGUCUGAGAAAUGGAAGAUGUGAAGGUAGAAUUUAAGGUAAAGAAGAUUGAGAAUGAGGCUUUGGAAACGGGUUUGGCAGAGAGAUCGAUGUUGCUGAUGAAAGCUCCUUCUCUCGUCGCUCGUUCUCUCCAAUCUCUUCCUAUUCCUGACGAUCCGUACCGUCCUGACGCCAAAAUCAUCCUCAGCGUCGAUCCUAUCGCUCACGAAGACGAAGAGACCAAAUUCGUUAUGGAAUUAGCUCGAGCUGAAUCUGGAAACAUGCCAAGGCGUUACACCUUAGAUAUGUCUAAAGAUUUCGUCCCCAUGAGUGUUUUCUGUGAAUCUUCAGAUGGAAAGAUGUCAGUAGAAGGGAGGAUUAAGCACAAAUUUGAUAUGAGGCCUUAUAACGAGAACAUCGAGAGCUAUGGGAGAUUGUGCCGUGAAAGAACAAACAAGUAUAUGGGCAAAAAUAGACAGAUCCAGGUCAUUGAUAAUGCCAGAGGAAUGCAUAUGAGGCCAAUGCCAGGAAUGAUUAUCCCAACCGCGGCUCCUGAAAAGAAGAAAUUGACAAAUAGGACAUCGGAAAUGAAGAGAACAAGAAGGGACCGUAGAGAGAUGGAGGAGGUCAUGUUUAAUCUAUUUGAAAGACAAUCAAAUUGGACUCUGAGGCAGCUCAUUCAGGAAACGGACCAACCAGAGCAAUUCCUGAAAGACUUGCUGAGAGAUCUUUGCAUAUACAACAACAAAGGGAGCAACCAAGGAACUUAUGAGCUGAAGCCUGAGUACAAGAAAGCCCCACAGGAUUAGUAGGUUUUGUCAAAAAGGGGGUUUCAGGUUUUGGAUUAAUAAUAUCGAAUUUUCAAGUAAAGGUUUGAGCCUAGUUAGUUACUUUAAUGGUAACUGCUCUUCAUGACUAUAAUAAGAAAUGAAAGGUUCGUUCAAUAGUAUGCCUUAAACCUUUCACAAUUUUAACAAGUCUAUUCUAGUUAUGUUUUAUUAAAA